AUGAAUAUCAAGAAGUUCAGCGACAGGAUUGCCCUGAGUGCGCUCCCCAUGUACUUGGGUGAGAUCUCCCCGCGCCAGAUCCGCGGCUCCAUCGGCCAGUUCAACUCCAUCUUCAUCUGCCUGGGAGUCUUCACCGGCCAGGUGCUGGGACUGCCGCAGAUCUUCGGCGAGGAGUCCAGGUGGAACUUCCUGUUUGCCUUCCUGGCGGUGCCGGCCGUAGUGCAGCUGUGUGUGCUGCCCUUCCUGCCCGAGAGCCCCCGCUUCCUGCUGAUGGAGAGACGGGAUGAGGCCAGAGCAGAGAAAGCGUUCCAGGCUUUCCUCGGGAAGCAGGACGUGUCACGGGAAAUCGAGGAGGUCCACGCAGAGAGCCGGGCCCAGACCACGGUUGUGGCCGUGUCACCCCUCGACCUUUUCCGUGACCGCAGCGUCCGCUGGCAAGUCAUCACUGUCCAGUCACCAUGGGCGUGCUACCAGCUGUGUGGCCUCAAUGCGAUUUGGUAUUACACCAAUGGAAUCUUCUCGGAGGCGGGCUUUUCGAGCGAGUUGAUCCCUUAUAUCACCCUUUCCACUGGAGGCAUUGAAAUCAUAUCUGCCAUUGUGUCCGGUCUGGUCAUCGAGCGUAUCGGGAGGAAGCCUCUGCUCAUAUUCGGUUUCGCUGCCAUGGCCCUUUUCUUCGGCCUGCUCACCAUCUUCCUCACUCUCCAGGAUCGUUACUCAUGGAUGCCGUACCUCAGUUUUGUCUCUAUAUUGGCAGUGAUCGCCUCGUUCUGUUCUGGCCCAGGUGGUAUCCCCUUCAUCCUGACUGGUGAGUUGUUUGAACAGUCCUAUCGUGCUGCUGCCUUCACAAUAGCAGGAACCAUCAACUGGCUGGCCAACUUCGCUGUCGGCCUCCUGUUUCCUUUCAUUCAGGAGGCUCUGCAGACCUAUGCCUUCCUGAUCUUUAUGGUGUUCUGUCUGAUCGGUGCCAUCUACCUCUUCUUCAUUCUGCCCGAGACCAAAAACAAGACGUUCGUGGAGAUCAGCCAGAGCUUCGCCAAACUGAACAAAGUCUCCAACGCCAAACCCAACCAGGAGAUGGAGGACGUGCUGUCAAUCAAGCCAACAUCUGGCGGGGAGACCAACGGGAUACCCAACAAUGUUAUCGAGAUGGAGAGCUCGUUCUAGCCUCAUAUCAAGUGUUUUUGUCCAGCUGUACAAAUAUACAUCAUGGAGUAUGUGCAUUUAUAUUGAAGAUGAAUGAAAUGCUUUCACUGAUGUAAUAAUGUGCUAUUUUAUAUAAAACUGAAUUUUUUUCUAGAUUUGUGAAUUAGUUUUAAAUUAAAUAUGUGGUAACACCUCAUAUUAGGGAGACAUAUGUGAACCAUUAACACAUAACUAAUAUGUGUGUGUAUUAGUGCCCAAUAAGAUCUGCAUUAAGCAUCAUUGAUCAUUUAUUAGGCCUGUAUUCACUAAUGUAUUAUUCUCACUGAAUAUGUAAUUUAUUCUUGGAACAUCCUUAAUAGCCUACUAGUCAGUAUUAACCUACGCUUACUGAUAUAUAAUUAAAACUAAAAUCGGAAGUUUGUAGCCUCCUAAUACAUACUGUACUUAUAGGGACAGAAUAAUUGUAGAAUAGGUAUUGCUCAAUGCAGUGCCACAGCAGGUCCAAGUAAUGGUAAUUGUACUCAUCCAGGCUGCUAGUGGUAACUAGGAGGAAGGGCCUGGAAACUUCUGGAAACUUCCUCAAGAGCAAUUAUUGUGCUUCAAUCAGUGAUACCUACAUAGCAUAUCAUUACUGAUCCAACAUACGUUUCCUGUUCUAAAGUGAAGGAUUACUUUCCAUAUGAUCAGACUGAAAUGAUGAAAAUGUGAACUGUAAAUAUCUCAUUAUUCCUUUAAAACAGGUUCCUUGUUCUAAAGUGAAGGCUGGUUGUUGUCUAAUGACAACGUUAAAAAGGAUGAAAUCCUUGUGUGAGUUUGACAUUUCUAUUUACAAAACAAUGACAAGACAAUUUCUCAGAACAUACAGCAUGCGUCAACCACACCCCUCGAAAGUAACCAUCUUGUGUUUCUACAAGACAGAGACCUUUUCCAAAGCCUUAAGCCUCCAUCAGGAUCUGACACUCUGUCUUGUGAAACUACAAGAUGGACUUGUUGGUAAAGUUUGGUUAGUUGGUUAUUAAUGAUGUACCAGAGAAUAAUUAAUCUAUUCAGUUAGAAAUACAUUUGUGAAUACUGGCCUAAUAAAUUAGUAAUGAUGCUUAAUGCAGGCCGUAUGGGGCUCCAAUACAGACACUAAUUAUGUGUUAACGGCUAACAUAGGUUAAUUGUAUCUCUGCUCUUGUUAAUAUGUGUCAUGUUGUGGGAAGAUGACAAUGAUAAAAACAUUACUUUGUGUCAAAGUAUACAAACAUUUUAACCACAUGAUUUUAAUUCAAAAUAUACAUUUUUGGUUUAUCUUAAAUGAUUGGUCAAACCCUAAUGCAAAACGCAGCAGUUACAAGCAAUGAUCAAUAUUGAUGUUCUACAGUCAUAGAGUUUUGCUGACGUACUAAGCAUGUUCUGUACUGAACUCUGUACAACUGAAUAAAUAUGAUUAUAAUCUCAA